UGUCUAUUUUCGUCUUUUUCCCCUCUCUCUUUCUCAGUUUCUCUGUCUCAUCUCCCCCAAAAACCAUUUCCGCCUUCUGCACCUCCGCACGCCAUUUUCGCUCUCAAGUCCACAAUCCCUGACCUCGAGAAUCAUCUCAUUACAGUCCACACUCAUCCCCUCACAAUCGCCGGCAAAGGAGUCUCUUAAGUUGCAGUUAUAGUCCUCCUUUUGUCCUCAUCCCAACGACUCGAGGAAGCUUAUUGAUGAGGUUCUUGGAAUUGUCGCAGCAGUAGAGUGAAAGAAAUCCACAGAUUAUCCGGAUUAAGGUUUCUGGGAAGAUGGGAAAUGAUGAUGUUGCCAAGUGCUCUCCGAUUGCAUCGAAAAAGAAUAAAUUGGCGCACAUGUUUUCGAAGGUUUUAUUUCACGGAGGCGCCGGGAUCACCAAUGAUGGAAUCGCGAACGUGAAACCCGAGGAAAAGAAAUCGAAAGAUCCAUCCGAGAAUACUCAAGACGAAUUCCAAGAUGCCGUGACCAAGGAAGCAUUUUUUUCACAGAUAUUUGCGAGCAUAGCCGCCGUUAAAGCUGCGUACGCGCAACUUCAAUUCGCCCAAUCUCCGUACGACCCGGACGGGAUUCAAUCCGCAGAUCGGAAGAUCGUUGCCGAGCUCAAGAAUUUGUCGGAGCUAAAGCAAAGUUACUUGAAGAAGCAAUUCAACGACCCGGACAUCGAGACAACUCUACUCUUGUCUGAACUCCGCGAGGCGAAGAGUAUUCAGCAAAUCUUCGAGAUCACUAUAAAGAAAUUGGAUUCGGAUCACAAACUCAAGGACUCCGAAAUCACCUUUCUGAAAGAAAAAUUAGCUGAGGCGAACGGGGAGAACAAACUGAUCGAAAAGAAGAUUUAUUCGAGCGGGCAGCUCGCCGUUCCUGACAAAUUUCAGCUGCAAGAUCUGAACCAGAAUUAUAUCAUCUCAUAUAUCCGUCAUACGGUGAAAUCCAUCCGAAGCUUCGUCCGACUUCUGGUAACUGAAAUGGAAUCCGCGGGUUGGAACUUGGACAAAGCCGCAUCUGUAGUCGAACCCGGUGCCUUUUUCGGGGCGCCCGAGCAUCGAUUCUACGCGUUCGAGUCGUUUGUCUGCAAACAAAUGUUCGACGGGUUCAACCACCCAGGUUUUGAAAUUGGGAGGGCGCCCGACCCGGAAAGCCAUUCCGAUCAUGCCCAGUUUCUCAAAGAGUUCGUCGAGCUCAAGUCUAUGCGGGCCGUGGAUUAUCUUGUUCGGGGGCCCGGCUCCGAAUUCGCGGCGUUUUGUCGCGCAAAGUAUUUGAGGCUGGUGCACCCGAAAAUGGAAGCGUCGUUUUUCGGGGACACGAGCCUGCGGAGGCUUGUUGAGUCUGGAGACGGUAUUCCGGAUUCGCCGUUUUUUGCGGCGUUCGUGGACAUGGCGAAGCGAGUUUGGCUUCUGCAUUGCUUGGGUCGGGCGUUUGAUCCGACGGUGACGAUCUUUGUUGCGGGGAAGGGAAGCCAUUUUUCGGAGGUGUACAUGGAGAGUGUGAACAGCGACGAGGUGGCGGUGAUGAUGACGGCGGAGCCGCGGGUGGCGUUCGCCGCCGUGCCGGGAUUUAGAAUCGGCAAGACGGUGGUGCAAUGUCAGGUAUAUUUGUGUUGAUGUUUUUUUAGUGAGGUUGGAGAUUUUGUGACUGAAAACUGUGAAUAUUGGGGGAAUUUUAGGGGGGGAAAAUAUUUGAACGAUUUUGAAUA